GAUUAAACCAAGAUUAACUAAAAUACGUUUUUUUAAUCGCUUGACAUCCCUAAUUAUUAUAAAUACUUUUAUUUACUGUAUUUAUUACAGCAGUAUUGUACCAUAAGACAGGGAAAAGGGGUCAACUGGACAUAUUCACUUACAAAAAAAAAGAGACCGCUCUGUUCUGUAUAUUAAAUGUGUUGCUCUUUCAAAAUGAAAUAGGCAACUUCAAUUUCUGAAAUCGAUGAAGGAAAUUCUUUCCUACUCCUUCAGUGCUACACGCCUGUUUGUUUAAGACAAAGACUGCAGCUGAACUGCUGACGUCAUGAAGACAAUCAUCUGUAGUGCAAGAACAGUAAACCAGCGUCUGAAACUGGGAGAGCUGUGUGGACUGCAGCAAGCUCAGCAGCAGAACUGUGGGAUCAGAGUAGGAUCAGCUCAGAAGUGAGGAAGAUCAACCAGCAUCAUUAAUAAGAGAAAUAGGGGCCAGUUUGAAUUGUCUAAAGACCACCAUCUUGUUAAAUCUGUAUUAAUCCAUCUGGUGUGUGUCCCACCCCAAGGACCCAUCACCUCUCCCACCCGUGUAUCCCUCCACCUCAGUCUUCCCGAAUCUACUUUCCCCCUGUCGGUGCUAUGACUUCAGAAGAGCGCGAUGUAGUCGGCAAAACCAACACGAGCUGCUCCGCGCCGGAGGGCCCCGGCUGUGAUUCCUCGGAGCUCGAUUGCACAGUGUGCUUCUGCCCCUUCGACAAUGUCUUCAAGGUCCCCAAAGUCCUGAGCUGCCACCACACCUUUUGCCUGGAGUGCUUGGCCCGCAUGAACGUGUCCUCCGAGAAAAACAAGACCCUGGUUUGCCCGUUAUGCCGUGAGGAAACCCAGUUGGAGACAGGGAAGGGGCUGCCAGACCUGCCCAACAACCUGGAGCUGAUCGGCAAGCUGGCCCCGGAGAUGCAGGGCGCCGUCUCGGUGAGGUUUAACAGAAGCAAAGGCCGCCUGUGGGUUAAAAAGAAGAUGGACCCCGCCUCCCUGAUCAAGCCCAGCAAGGUGGACAGCGUCAGCCUCUCUUUGGAUGUCGGCCGCCCCCCUUCCAGGGUCAGGACUGGGGCCUCCAGGCUGCUCCGCUCCACCCGGUGCUUCUACCCGGUGCUUGUCGUGGCAGUGGUGACCGUGGCUCUGGUCCUGUCUGGGAUUCUUAUAUUCUUGGUGAUUCCCAGUUUCAUGCACCGCCAAGAUCAAACUGUCAUACACUAUUAUAAUAUAUCCAUCACACCCCCACCGCCAAACAGCACUCAGAUUUAAUAGAAGGGAUCGCCGGAGUGUUUAAGGAGGCACUAGCUGAUGGAAUGGUUCAUUCCUCUUGUCGUGCAUUUCCAUUCAUUGUCUCUCAUGUGCAGUUUGGCAAGAAGUGUUUAAAUGACUGUUUUCUGUAUUGAAGAGCAGACUUGCUAUAGAGUUUCCCUUGCUGGAAUUAGAGACUGGGAAUUGGAGAGUGAUCUCUUAUCCCCCCGUAGGAUUUUGAAAAGCGCCUUGGAGCCUCGCUGCUUGUCAAGUCCACUCUGCUCACUGUCUUUGUAAAUAGCAGGGGUGAUGUGGCUUGUAUUCUUUCAAGAUGUCCUUUAAUAUACUGUAAUGUACAGAGUUUUAUUAAAAUGUAACUGUUCUUUG